ACACGCACACACACACACGCACGCACACACAUAUACACGCCUUCCACCCCCAUCGCUGCAGUGUCUCAACUGCCUUGGAGCAAACGAGAGGAGGAUACUGACGUGUAAAAGCCACAUUAAAGAUAGAGACAGGCAAUGUAUGUGUGUGUGUAUGUGUGUGUAAGUAAUCGGGAACAUGAGGAAGACACCAAAAUGAAGACGUGCGAGUAAAAGGGCGGAUUGCUCAGAGGCGUUUCAGGGGGCUCAUCUGCAGUAUCCUUUGUAAACGGAUGCUGGCUUGUGAACACGACUCUAAGAAGAAUUUGCAACCCUGUGAAGAUAAGUCUCACUCUGGGGUGGAUGAUUGCGGUGAGCUGACUGGGAGGAGGCAACACAGGAGCCAUGCGGGGAUGGAGUGAGAGAAUUUUCCCGAUCACACCCGUCAAGCCCAAACACUUCCUCCACUGACAUAAGCCGAAGGUAGUCCGCCUUCCUCCAGCGAUUCUCCUUGAGGGGAGCCCCUGCUAUGAUCCCCAUCUCCCUCGGCUUGAGCAGGCAGUCGAACCUCAGUGCAAGGCACUGUGUGGGCAUCCCACAAGUCUGGGUUUUGCCCACACGGGACUCACAGACUGCCCCGGAGGAAGAAGAAUGAGACACUUCUGAGUCACUCAUUUCUGCGGAGGCUCUUCUGGCUCGUUCUGACGUAGCACCUUCUACCGACAAUCCUCGACCCCCUCCAAAGUUCCCAUCACUUCUUCUCUGCAAUUAGUUCACCCGUCAAGCGUCAGCACGAGUUCCUUCGCGCUCACCACGUGGUGGAGGACCAUGGGAUGCCGUCAGAGCUCGGAGGAGAAGGAAGCGGCUCGGCGCUCGCGGCGAAUCGACCGCCACUUGCGAUCGGAGAGUCAGCGGCAGAGACGUGAGAUCAAGUUAUUGCUGCUGGGCACCAGCAACUCCGGCAAGAGUACCAUCGUCAAGCAGAUGAAGAUCAUCCACAGCGGCGGCUUCAACCUUGAGGCCUGCAAGGAGUACAAGCCCCUCAUCCUGUACAACGCCAUCGACUCGCUCACCCGCAUCAUCCGUGCCCUGACCACCCUUAAGAUUGACUUUCACAAUCCCGAUCGCGCCUACGACGCUGUGCAACUCUUUGCCCUCACGGGGCCGGCGGAAAGCAAGGGAGAGAUCACUCCGGAGUUGCUGGGAGUCAUGAAACGCCUCUGGGCAGACUCUGGGGUCCAGGAGUGUUUUCAGCGAUCCAAUGAGUACCACUUAGAGGACAAUACCGCUUACUACCUAAACGACCUGGACCGCAUUUCUGCGCCCGAGUACAUCCCGACGGUGGAGGACAUUCUGCGAUCCCGAGACAUGACCACUGGCAUUGUAGAGAACAAGUUCACCUUCAAGGAGCUCACCUUCAAGAUGGUAGACGUAGGCGGACAGCGAUCCGAGAGAAAGAAGUGGAUCCAUUGUUUCGAGGGCGUGACAGCAAUCAUUUUCUGUGUUGAACUGAGCGGCUAUGACCUCAAACUCUACGAGGACAACCAGACGAGCCGAAUGGCCGAGAGCUUGCGUCUCUUCGACUCCAUCUGCAACAACAACUGGUUCACCAACACUUCGCUCAUCCUCUUCCUCAACAAGAAGGACCUGUUGGCUGAGAAGAUCAAACGCAUUCCCCUGACAGUCUGCUUCCCCGACUACAAGGGCCAGAACACCUACGAGGAAGCCGCCGUCUACGUUCAGCGGCAGUUUGAGGACCUCAACCGCAACAAGGAGACCAAGGAGAUUUACUCACACUUCACCUGCGCUACCGACACCAGCAACAUCCAGUUUGUGUUUGACGCUGUCACGGACGUGAUCAUCCAGAACAAUCUCAAGUACAUCGGGUUGUGCUAGGACUCGACGUUUGGUUGGCGGGUGGGUAGUUGGUUUAGCUCGCCGAUGAAGUGCAAGAAUGACAGGAAAAAAAAUGCAAAUGAGAAAGGAAGGACGGUGAGGAUUGAAAUGUUUUAGUGGGGACAAAGACGAGAUUUUUUUUUGCACCGAAUAUGCAGACACCCACACAGAUAAACACCUUUUCUGUUUUGCUCACACAAGAUUAAGACGUGGCAACACUAGACAUGUACGACAGUUUCCCCACCUGCCUGCCAAACAGAAGACAAAAUACUCGCCGGGUGGCUUUUUUGUUCAUUUUGUCUCAAUUAUUUUGUUUGCCUGAGGACAUUUAAUGCUGCUUUACAGGACACAUUGAAGGCAAAAAUCAAGGUUCUAUUUGUUUUUGUUUUUUGGUCACUUUUAACAAUGAGAGUUAGUGAAGGAGCUCGUGUCUCUAGUCGGGAAGCAAAACGUGGGUAGGCAUGAUGUCACAGGGUCUUUGCCUAAAAGAAGAAACUGCCACAGUUUAAAAAAAUAUUUUCUAAGCACUAUUUCUGUUCUUCUCCACCAAACUCUAUAAAGGCUGUUCUGUUCCUCUUUUUGCUUUUUUGUGCAUUGAAAAAAAAUAUAUGUAUGACAAACCUGCCUUUUAUAGCAGGCCACUGACUUACCAGGAGUGUUAGCGUCAAGUGUUCACCAUGAUAAUUCGACUUUCCAGCAAAGACGACAAAAACAGUGCCAAGAUCAGUUUGUAAAUAAAACAUUGAUGACAAUUAUUUUUUUCUUUUGUUUUUCUGGGGGAAAAAAAAUUACCUUAAAACAUGCAUGAUUUUGUUACUUUGGGAUACUACUCUAUUUUCCUUGGAAUUUUCUUUUUGUUUUCUUAGGUUUGCAAAGUAUAUUCCCAAAAAUAUAUAUUGAAGUCAAACACUGUGUAAGAUUGUACAGCUGUCAAGAGAGGAAUCUAUUGAAGAGUUCUAUCGGGGAUGCUACGCUGGUUAAAAAAAAAAAAAAAAAAAAUGAUAAUAGGGUCAAGUCUCAUUCGUGAAAAUGAGAAAAGGAAAAAGGACAAUGGAAAAAUAUGAAAAAGACGACGCAAAGUUCAAUCUUCCUUGCAUUCUCUAAGUGGAAAUUGUCCAACAGUUGGUAUGAUGUGUAAAUAUACUGUCCGGUACACUCUUUGUCAAAACAAAUAAUAAUAGUGGUUGAGUUGGGAGGACUGCAAGAGACAAAGAGAGAAAGAGAGCGAAAGAGAAGGAGAAAGGGGAAUUCCAUUUUGCUCCUCCUCUUUACCCUUCCUUUCGGUUUAUGAUGUGCCAACAACCGAGCUAAGGGCUUCACGCUUGACUUUACAGGAUGUCCACUUUGAGAAAAAAAAA